AUGCAUAAGAAUGACUAUUUGUAUACACUUCACAAUAUUGAUACGGUUCGCGAGCUGGUGAACUCGGCGACGACGGCGUUCUGCGAUCUGCACACCGAUUCGUGUCUUGUCAUGGAGAUUGGCUUCGAGAGGAUCUUCAAAAUGGACACAACGUUUGACACAUUCUCCACGGCCAACAUUGACAUUCUCAAAGCCGCCGACUAUCGAGCGCCGCCGAGAAUCCAAUCCAAAUGGAACAGCGAGGAUCAGCAGAGUAUGUAUGCGAAAGAGGAGCCGGAAGAUAAUACGAGGCAGUCGCAGAAGCUUCCACUAAAAUGGAGUUUGAAUGAGGUCUCGCGGCGAUUGGAAUACAAGCCGAAGAAAACUGGGAGCAGUGGCGCGAGAAUGUCGAUGGUUGCCGACGAGACGAAACCCUACAAGAAGCAUCGAGCACGUCUGAUUGAGAUCCCCACCGCCGAAUAUUAUGCGGCGCGUUUGAUCGAUUUGAACACGCGCGCGUUGAAUUUCCGCAAAUCGAUUAUAACCGAAUUGCAUACGGCGUUGGAAUUGCCGGCGAUUCGCGAGAAGGGCGACGCGAACGAUCGAACUGAUCGCGAUUGUCGAUCAUUGGAGAUUGGCACCGAAACGAGCGACACAUCGACGAGCAAAAUGAUGGAGAGGAAGAAGAAGGCGACGACGACGACCACCACCACCACGUCGGAAUCCGACACCGCCGUCAAAUCGCCGCCAAUCGAAUUCAAAUACGCGCCCAACAUUCGCCGGCGACCCGAUCGCGGCGAUCUCGAAAUUCUGCGCGAGACCAAUGGCAACGUGUUGUUCGUGGCGAGCACCCGACGGAUGGGCAUCAAACCGAAACACUAG